GGAGAGUGUGAGGUUGGGGAGGUAAAGCGAGAGGGGCGAAAUGACAUCCCGAGAGGUACGGAUACCACAAGCAAAGCCUCGAUCACAAGCGCGAGAUGAGGUAUACAUCGGCGACGUCAAUGAUGAUGAGAUCCUCGACAGCGUGCAAGGAAUCGACGAUGCGACUGAGGAGGUUUUUAAGAGGUUGAUCAAGGUGGAGCGAGAGAGGUGAGAAAAAGAGGUGAGAAAAUAAAUGUGAUAGGACAGUGUUGAAGUGAGGAUGAUAAGACAAAGAUGAAGUGAGGGAUGGAAAGACGAAGAUGAGGUGAGAGAGGAUGAAAAGACCAAGAUGAAGUGAACUGCAUAAGUAGUUUUCUUGAA